AUGAAGCAAAUUCCGUAUUUGUGUUGUUACAACAGUUAUGCUAAAGACUUUGAAAAGGGGAAACAAAGAUUGUCAGCUGAAAAGCAAAGUGUGCUCCAAGAAAUAGAUGAAGCCAAUACAACUAGAAAUAAGACUGAACCUGACCCGAUAGUCCAACAUGGAGCUAUGAGUGACUUAAUCAAACUUUCUUUGACAUCUUGGUCUGAAAUAAAGUGUUUGGUCCACGCUGAGAAUCUUCAACUUAAAUCUGGUGUGAAUGUCUUCUCCAAGUUAGUUGAAUUGCAACUUGUUAAGGUGGAUAUAAGAGAAAUGUGUUUUAGUCAUUAUCCUGCCAGCUUUCUCAAGCAACUAGAGAAGCUGGAGUUAAAGGAUUGUCAAAUGUUGGAAAGCACAUUAUUUAAGGGUGAGCUAGAGCUGGGUAACCUUAAGUCGAUAGAAAUAAACAAUUGUUCUAUGGCGUGCAUUUUUCAUCUGUCCAUUGCUCAGGCUCUAAAGCAACUAGCAACGUUGAAGAUAAAAAGAUGUUCUGAGCUGAAAUGCAUAUUAAGGGACGAGGGAUCAUCAAUAGAGGAGAAAGUGGAUGAUAAGGAAUCUAAUCCAAAGAGUAGUCAUGAAUCAAUGUUUCCCAAAUUGAAACUCCUUCAUGUCACAAGGUGUAAGGAAUUGGAAUUCAUAUUUCCAGUUUGUUUGUGCGAAGAUCUUCCAUUACUAGAAAGUGUGAAGAUUUCAGAAUGUGACAAUAUAAAAUACAUGUUUGGGCAAUAUCCAAGAGAGGGAGGGUUGUAUCAAAUGCAAAAAGAAAUCAUACUACGCUCAUUGAAAGCAAUGUCUAUUGAGGAUGUUCCAGAAUUUGUGGAUAUAUAUCCAGAAUGUCGUCUCCCAAAAAAAUCAAUAGCAAAUACAAGUGAGGUGUCAAAAGUAAAAGACAAGGGUCUGAGUCACAAUGUAGCUUGGGGUCCUUUAUGUUGUUUUCUGCCGAAAUCCAGCACUUCAAAUAAAGAUGAUAUAUCUAUGUACAAGGCAACUCAGUCUAAUCCCACUACUUCCCAGGAAUUAAAGGAGGAGAAAUAUGUUGGAAAUGCAGCUUACGGAAUUUUUACUCCACCAUUAUACCCAUUCACUUUAAGGGAGAUGAAGAUAGGAGGUAUUACCAAGUUAACAUCAUUGUUUACUGUAUCCAUUGCCUCAUCGUUGAAAUCAUUGGAAAAAUUAGAAGUCAGGCGGUGUGAUACACUAGAGCAUAUUGUAACUGACGAGAGGCAUUAUGGUCAUGAUGAUGAUAUGAAUGCCAACUCCAUCUUUCCUAACUUACACUCUAUUGAAAUCUAUAGAUGUGACAAGUUGAAAUCUAUAUUUCCAGCUUCUUGUUCUACAAGCCUUGUGCACUUGCAAUCUGUGCUUAUCGAGGAGGCUCGUGAGUUGAAAUAUAUGUUUGGAAAAUCUUAUGGUGAUGAUAAUUCACUUGAUUACCACAAUCAUGAUGUUGAGAUUCAUCUCCUAGCUCUGACCAAACUAUGCCUGAAAGGAGUACCAAAUAUGGUCCGUGUGUGCCCUGAACACUAUUAUGUGACAGCGUUCUCCCUGAAUGAUAUCUCUUUUGGAUUAGGAUGCCCACAACUUGCUAUAACAUCUCUUACAGAUUUGUCUGUCGGUGGGCAUAAAGGACAAGAACAACUCUCAAGAAAAGAGGUAAUUGGGAUGCGCAUGUGCAGUUUGAAACAUCUUGCUUUAGCUUCCUUGGACUUGGAAGUAAUUUUUUAUCAAAGACUUGAAAUUGCAAGUCUUGUGAAUUCAUGUUUGGAAACCCUGAGUUUGGAUGACUUGGAUAACUUAAAGAACAUAUGUGUUGGACCAAAGAACUAUCUGAGGUUUCAAAAUCUUUUCAAGCUAACAAUUAAUGAUUGCAACCAAUUGAAAUUUAUCUUGCCUUCAUCUAUCUCGAGAAGCCUACCAUAUUUGAGACACUUAGAGGUAUCAGAUUGUGAAGAGUUAGAGCGCAUCAUUGAGGAUGAUGAUGAUGAUGAUGAUGAUCCGCAUCAUCAAGAAUGUUUUUUCCCAAAUCUACAUAGGAUUAUUGUGACAGAUUGUGAGAUGUUAAAAUGUUUAUUCUCUCUCGCCACAAGUGGUAGGCUUCCACAGCUCUCCAUGUUGAUGAUAAAUGAUGCUAUAAAGCUUGAGCAAGUAUUUGGAUGGAAGCAGGGGACAACAGAAAAGCUGGUCAUCAAGGACUAUUUCCCAAAACUCUUUGUGAUAGUCCUUAAUAAUCUUCCAAACCUUCAUUAUAUCUGCCCUGGAAUUGAUUUCCAGACAGUGAUAUACCGUCAUGUGGAGAAUUGUCCCAAGAUCUCUUUAACCUCAAUUAAUUUUGAUUUCGCUGAAGGAUAUGAGGACUGGUUUCGAAAUUCUGAGAGUGAAAAGGGCAAUAUGGAUGUAGAUAAUCUUUUCGAACAAUUUCUUGAGAGGUUAAGAGAAGUGUCAGAGAAGGCUAUAAAGAGGGAUUGGCUAAGAGUAGACCAAGAUAAUGGUUCCCCAAAUAUUAAGAAAAUAGCAGAGGCAAGUGUUCAAGAAAGUCCAAAGUCAGAGGAAGCUGUAAAAGCUGAUGAAAUCAAUGAUUCAGAAGAAUGCAACAAACUAGCACCGUUUGCUAUUCCUACACAAAUUGAAUCUCUACAAAGUGAAAGAGGACUUGAUUUGCAUCCUAAAGAGCAACAAUCAAAGCCAUCAAAUUCUUCCUCCCAUAAAGCAUCUGCUCAAGAUAAUUUGGUUCGUAAAGAGGGUAAGGGAAAGAGAAUCACACCAGAUCAAGAAGCACUACCAAAAGCAGAACCGGAUAUGCAUCCUGAUGAUUCACAAAAGUUAAUUGAUGACAAUAAUAAUCCCGAAGCAAGUGUUGGUGAAGGUCUUCAACCUGAGAAAUAUGACAAAGCAAGUUCAACAACUCCUUCUGAUCCAGAAGUGGCAUGUAGAAAGGAAUCAAUGCAUGAUCAAGAAGCACUUGAAGAAAGUAUGAUGGCCAAUGAAGCUCCAAAUCAAAGAAAGCCUCAAAUGGCAACUUCAGCUUCUCACAGAGAGCCAGCUGGUAGCUUACAAUCAGACAUGGAUAUUUCAAACGUUAUUGAAUUGGCACAAGAAACAAUGAUUCCAAGUGUUCAAGAAGGUUCUAAAUUAGAUGAAGCUAUUGAAGCAAAUCAAAUCAUGAAUCCAGAAUCAAGCAAGCCAUCGCCAACAGAAUAUGCUACUCCUUCACAUGAUUAUUUGAUUCCCAAGGAGGGAAAGGUUGAGAGAAUCACACUGGAUCACCAAGCACUACCUCAAAUAGAACCUGAUAUGCAUGCUGAUGACUCAGAAAAGGUCUCUUCAAUAUCUAAUGAUUUGAAACCUCAAAAUAUUACUUCAACUCUUCAAGCAGAUCCAAGCGGUUCAAAAUUAAAACCAUCAGACAUUUCCUCUAAAACAACAUCUGCACAGGGUCCAAUCUUGUUGAAUCAAGCAGAGACUUGCACUGAAGAAGAUGAUCUUAUUAGAUUGCUUCGCAUGAUGAAGGAAGGAGCUCAUGACAACGAAGUUGAAAUGCCUUGUGUUCCUGAAAUUGCUGCUUUUGAUGAUAACAAAUUGAGUGAGGCCGUUGCAAACUUAGAGUCCUCAUUGAAGAUGGAUCUGAAUCAGAUAGCCAUCUCAGAAGAACACAUUCAUCGUCUUGAGAAUGCCCUCACCUUCCUCUCCACCUACUGUUCUGAUAACGGACCUCUCUUUCAUGGCCUUAGACUCAAAAUAGACUCUCUCCACCAAGAAAUCAAAACUACCUUGUCUUCCUUCAAGCAAGCUUCUGCUACAAUUUACACACUCAACAAGCUUGAAGAAAAAGAGAAGCUAAUAGAUGAAAAAUAUUCCCAACAAAUGGAGGCAGCCACUACUCUUGUCUCUGAAAUUUCCAACACCAAGAAGAGUAUGGCUGAGUUGAAGGAGGAGAUCUCUAAGUUGCAAGUUGAACUGAAUAGCAAAGACAAGGAAUUCAAAGACAGUGAGGUCAAACUCUCAUCUCUUGAACAGCAAAAGGAGGAGCAAAUUUCAGACACCAUGCGAUUGAUGGAGGAGUACGAGGUUGUGAAGAAAGACAAGUCACGUGUGGUGGAAGGCCAAACAAAAGCAAGGAAAGAAGUAGAGAAAGUGAAGAAUGAUUGGCCUUCUUGUGUGGCCAAUUUGAGGAAAACUACACAUCUGUUGGCAAUCCUUCUUAAACGGAAGCUUUAAAGUUCUGGAGAUCACCGCUACUCAAAAGUAUUGUUAUUAUGCUGAUUUUCACUUUAAUUUGUUCACUAUGUACAGGUUGAGUUGGAUAAACGUUUGUUGAGGAAUCGAUGCCAGUACCUCUUUUUAGCUCUUAAAUCAGCUUUAUGGACUCUGUCAUGAGUAGCCAGCCACAAAAAUGCUUUGAUUUUCUAUGGUCU